AUGACUAUAAUCGUGUUUUUAAUAGAUACAUCAGCUUCUAUGUUACAGAGAACCUAUAUAGGUGGUCGAACAACUCUCCUUGAUGUUGCAAAAUCUGCUGUGGAGACAUUUGUUAAAAUUCGACAAAGGAGUAUAGACAGUCGCAUUGAUAGAUAUAUGUUGUUGACCUUUGAGGACUCCCCAAAUAAUAUCAAAGCAGGUUGGAAAGAGAAUUUAGCAACAUUCAUGAAUGAACUGAAGAACUUGCAGUCUUAUUCAUUGACCACCAUGGGGAUAGCUGUUAAACAGGCCUUUGACAUAUUGAACAUUAAUAGAAUGACAUCUGGUAUAGAUACAUAUGGACAAGGCAGAUGCCCAUUUUUUCUUGAAACUGCUGUUAUUGUGUUGAUUACUGAUGGUGGCAAAAUGACAACAGUUAAUGGAGUGCAAGAAGAAUUCAAUUUGCCCAUGAAUUCCCCAAUACCAGGUUCAGAAAUGACCAGAGAGCCUUUUCGAUGGGACCAAAGAUUAUUUUCCUUAGUACUUAGACUGACAGGUACACCAGCUGUAGAAAGAGACACAGGUUUGGUACCUAGUGACAGCAGUCCCAUUGAUGCAAUGUGUGAGGUUACAGGGGGCAGAUCAUACUGUAUAACAUCCCACCGUAUGUUGAACCAGUGUAUUGAUAGCUUGGUUCAAAAAGUUCAAAAUGGUGUAGUUAUCAAUUUUGAAAAGAUUGGUCCUGAUCCACCUCCCCCUCAGUAUGAUAAGGAUGAGUGCAAAGAUGAAUCUAACAAAGAAGGAGAGUUUGCUGAUGAUCGAGGAGCAAAUAAUUUGCCUACCAAUACAUUAUGGCAGAAUUGCCGUAAAAUGAUCUAUGUACCUAAAGCUAGUAAAGCAUAUUGCAUUGGAUAUUGGCCUAUUCCAGAAUCAUUUUGGCCUGAAAGCACAGUUUCCGUCUUGCCACCGAGAUCUGCGCACCCGAAUAUAAAAUUUGCUUGUACUAAUGCUGAACCGUUGGUAAUUGAAAAUCUUCCUUUUGAUAAAUAUGAGCUGGAACCGUCGCCUCUUACACAAUUUAUUCUCUCCCGUAAACAACCUAAAACAUGCUGGCAAGUAUUUGUUUCGAAUAGUUAUAAAAACUCAGAAGUUGGUCAUCCUUUUGGUUAUCUUAAAGCAAGUACAAAUUUAACUUGUGUUAACCUUUUUGUAAUGCCUUAUAACUAUCCCGUACUUUUACCGUUAUUAGAUGAGUUGUUCAAGGUCCACAGGUGGAAACCGACUAACGAUUGGCGGACUCAGUUUCAAAAUUAUACUAGAACCUUGCCAGCUUAUUAUGCCGGCCCAUUGCGUAGAGCACUCACUAGAAUGGGUACCCCUGUUGCAUUAGCGCAAACAUUGAUUCCAGAAAGUUCUUCUGAGAAUGGCUUGAAUUUAUCAGUUUCGAAUUACUUGAAGAGAUUGAAAAAUCAAGCUAAAGUGGAAUAUGAUAAAAUGUGUAGUGAAAUUAUUCAAAGACAGACCAAUGUGAAUGCAUUAAAAAAUAAUUACAACAGUCCAGAGCAAUUCAGAGUUCUACCUAAAGUGUGCUUGAAAAAGGAAUUGAUAAGUCAUCCACUUUUGGUGGACAAAUUCAUUGCUCAGAAAGAACAAAUUGUGGAACAAGGCAAUACGUGGACUUGUACUCUAGACAAAGAAAGGCAGACUGUCAGUUUCAAGAACCCAUUUGAUAUUCCAAGGAGUAGGCUGGUACACCAAGUCGUCCGAAUGCGCAACAACUUUCUGCAACCCGAAUGGAUCUCUCUCGACCAGGACAGCGCCCACUCUCUGCCCAUCUGUCAGAUGGGCAACUACCAAGAGUACCUCAAGAAACAAACGCCGCAGCUGCGCGAGAUAGAGUCCGCCCCCGUCAGGCAGCACAUGUUCGGCAACCCGUUCAAGAUCGACAAGCGCAUGAUGGUGGACGAGGCCGACAUCGACCUGGUGGGUUCGCCCACGGGGGGCGGCCGGGGCAGCAAGCGCGCCUAUCCGACCGUCGAUUGGUCGGCGCCGCUCCCCUCGAAGAGGAAGCCGGGGCCGCUGCCGCGCGGGUACCGCUUCCAGCUGCCGUCGCCAAUACCUUGGUUGAAUUCUCUGGAAAAAGAGCUGCCCCACUUCGACGAGCCGCCCGUCCUGAUCAACGGCCUCGAGAGCCCUUCAGCCAGCCCUGCCUCCAGCCCCUCGGCCAGCGAACGGUCAAGAUCCCCAUCGCCCACGCACCUAACCGAUCCGCCAUCCUACAGUCUCAGCGAGGUGACCUACAAUGUCCGCCCCAAUCCGUCCACCGUUAGCUAUGCCAGUACCAUCGACACCGGCACCACGAGCACCCUGGGGGACUUCUAUCCGAACAUUUCGGGGACAGACGAUAAGCAGAUAUCGCAGAUACUCAAAGAGGCCAAUUUGAACCAUAACUCGUUCGGUGUUAGCAACGUUAGCGAUGCCGUGUCAGAUAUAAAACCGGAGGUUGAAGAAGAAGAGGAAGACGAGGAGGAGAACGAGAAGAAAGUCGAGAGUGACAAUUUUGAAGUGAGAAUGAAUUUGAACAAACUAGUGCGGAGGCCAGGAAAAAAUUUCACCGAACUUUUACACUGCGUAAAAACGUUCAAGGGUGAUACUGACGUGAAAGUUAGGAUGGUGAAAUUGAUUAUAAAUGAAUCAUUGAGGUUCAAAAGGCAACAAUUAGCCAGUCUAUUAGAGGAGCAUGUGCGGACUUUAUUGAGUGUGGAGAAUAAAUGA